CAUAGCGGGUUGAAAUUUUCCUAAGCUGAUGGAAGGCGAUUGUUGUUGCUUUAAAUUUUCGAAUGAGAAUAAGUUGCAAUUUUGUAAGUAAUUUGGCUUCGAAAUGUAAGCGAUUUCGAAUUUAAAGAGGCGAACAGUUAAAGCGGAUGCCUUAGGAAGAGGGAACGAGGUUCAAAAUGGAUGGGCCGUUGCCGGAAAAGGAGAAAACAGCCUCGAAUAACUUGAAGUCAAACAAUACGAAUGCGACGACUAAUGGAUACGCGACCAUGUUACUCCAAACUUUAGAAAACCGCUCGGACAAAUUAGACGGCGAUAUGCGCAAAAGAUCGCCGUAUCAGGGUUCCUUAAAGCUAACCCAACGUGAAUUGGGGGUUGUGUUGUUGUCAGGUAUCCUCUGUGGAUUAAUAUUUGCGACUAUACCCGAACAAAUAUUGCUCACCAGUUGCUCGCUGCUCAAAGUAUCAAGUCGAAUGCUACUGCCAGGGCUCACGACCGCAUCGCUGUUUUACUGGUGCAGUGUCACCGUGCAAAAAUACCUCGAUUCCAAGGCAUCGCUGUGGAUAACGCCUGUUUUUCUACUUACAGAAAUCAUGGUUCAAAUUUUCAAAUACUUCUAUACCGAUUCCAAUCGCAUUACAGCGUAUGUAUCAUUAGCUGUUGUAGUAAUCUUAUCGGUGUUGUACAUUCUGCCAGAGAGCCGAGGCGAGGGGACAUAUAUAUUCGCGACUUCCCUUUUGAUUACGAACAUAUUCGACAAGUCGCUCGCGGUAGAAAGCCACGGCCUAUUGAGAUACAUUUUUAUAAACUUAGCUGCUUUCGCCGGCGAGUUUCUUACUCGACUGGUUAUUUUGCCGAUGGCCGACAAACCAUCUGAAAUUGAAGCGAAGGUCUCGUUGGCCGCUAACAGAAGCAGUUUCAGGAAUCGCCGUGGUUCAAGUGCGAAUUCUAACAGUCGAAGAAGGACCUCGCUGCCCGUUCUAAACUUUCAGGCAAAGAGUACCAUUGAUGCCACAACGCUCGGUGAAGCACAUGGAAUGCUUUCCGACUUACUAGCAGACUCGAAUCUUCCGGCAAAUGUCGCAAGCACGCUGAAAAUCAUUAGCACAAUGAUUGCGCAGCCAACCUUCAGUAGCUUUGCACGUGGUGUGAACUCGAUGAGUCCAUUGGUCGAGAACCGUUUUGUCCCGGAUGAAAAGAUAUGCGAACAACCGGAUAUGAGAGACGAUGGCUGGCGUUCCAGACCUCAUCCAACCCGACGAAUGUCGAAUUUCUUCACGACAACGACGUCGGCGACAGGCAUGCCGUCGGUGGAGCGAGAUGGAAACGUCCCGAACAAUAUCGGUCAUAAUCUCCCUGGGUCGCCCCGAUCUGGCUCACCAACGUUCAUUCCUCAAUCCAAACUACGACAGGCAAAGUCAUUUCCUCAUAAUAUGCCACAUCUACAAGAUAGCGUGCGACCGAACGAGGGCCGCGCAUCAUCGCCUGUACUUCGUAAAAUACCGUCGGAUAGCGGCGCAUUUACGGACGUAAGCGAAGAAAAGCCGGCGCCGGUACAAGAGAACUGUAAAUCUUGUGGAUGCUCGGAAACGCACGCUGCAACGUCGGAGGAAACCGACGUGUCCUGUGAGUCUGGAAGCGAGUUAACGCUCCCGGCCAUGUCUUUCUUCGGGGGACGAAAACCUACGGUUGACGAGAUUUUGGAAAAAGCGGCAAAUAUUAAACAGAGCGAUGAGGUGGAAAAAUUGUAUGAUAAAAUUGAUAAUUGGAAUUUCCCCAUCUUCGAUGUCUGGGAGAACGGGAACGUCUUGCGAGGGGUUGCGUUCAAGAUAUUUAAGAAGUCUGGGUUCUUUGAAACAUUUCGCAUACGCGAGCAAGUGUUUCUGAAUUACUUCACCGCGCUGGAAGCGGGAUACCAAAAUAUACCAUAUCACAACAGUGCCCACGCAGCGGACGUGUUGCAUGGAGUAUAUUACUUUACCACACAACGCAUCGCGGGCUUCUGUCCCUUCGAUACCGGAGAUCGUAACAGCGACUCUGAUUCGGUGAGCGGCGACCAAUCAGAGGAGGCUACAGAAUCCGUGGAGCAGUAUGAUAGGCUGACGAGCUGUAUCCCGGAUCUGGAGAGGUUCGCGUUGUAUUCAGCCGCCGCAAUGCACGACUACGAUCAUCCUGGGCGAACCAAUGCGUUUGUUGUUGCAACAUUGCAACCCCAGGCUCUGCUAUACAACGAUCGUUCAGUACUAGAGAACCACCACGUGGCCCAAGCGUUCUCGCUCCUGCUGUCUAGUCCUGAAUAUAACUACGUGGAAUCUCUGACGACUGCGGACUUUAAAAGGUUUCGUUUCCUGGUCAUCGAGGCUGUGCUGGCCACAGAUCUGAAAAGGCAUUUUGAUGUCUUGCAAGAGUUUACUGCGAAGGUUGAGAGUGGUGCGGGCAUAGAUUGGUCUCUUGAGGCGGACCGCCUGCUUGCCUCUCAAGUCUGCAUCAAAAUGGCUGAUAUCUCGGGUCCAACGAAACAGAAGGACAUACAUCAAAGGUGGACGGAGAGAAUCGUCGAGGAAUUUUAUAAACAGGGCGACGAUGAACUAAGCAAGGGCCUCCCUGUUUCCCCUUACAUGGACCGCAAAGUUCCAUUGGACGCUCAACUGCAGGAGACAUUCAUCAAGCAUCUAGUCGCACCGCUGUUCAGAUCCUACCGUAGCGCGGGCCUGUUACCUGGUGUUUGGGUGACGUCAACCGAAUAUGACGUCAAUAACGACAGCGACGGCGACAGCUCAACGAAAGAUGAAGAGAGCACGGAACACUCCGACUCUGGCGUCGGACAUCACCGAAGUUAUCCCGGCAAGAAACGACUUGGGAAAAAGAAGAAGCGAAGAAAACGAAGGCGUGCUUCGAAGGAAAUCCACUGUGAAAUUAUGGAGAAUAUCGAAAAUAAUUAUCAAAUGUGGAGCAGACGAAUUAAAGAAAUGGAAUUAGAGAAACAAGCGUGUAGUAAAACGAAAGCGAAGGAGGGCCCUUCCGAAAGCGGGGGGAUUACGGAGGAGGCCCCCUCGAAUGUGGGUGUAAAUGACAAAAAGGAGACAGAGAUCCCCAAACGAACCUGAGGAAAACAAGUGAAUGGCAUGCUCACUGGAUUGAAAUCAGCAUAAUGUUUCUGUGGCUAUAGUUCCAGCCCUUUGUUCGCCGCCAGAUCACUUGUGGAAGUAUAUGUGUGGAGUAAGCACUUGCCACAAACGGUGGUCAACAAGUUGUUGUCAGAGUGAAAAAACACAUAAAUUCUUGUCGUCAUUUGUAAUGGCCUUCAACCUUGGUCGAGAUUCAGGCGAAUGUUCGACCAUAUACUGCUUCGUAACGCGUUGUACUGAAACCCACCAAAUGGCGACCGAAAUUUAUCCGGAAUACAUUAUACCGAAGUGUUGAAGUGUACAAUCUGUGUGUAAAAUAUAUAUAUUUCAAUUCCGAGAAAGUCGUGGCACAAAGCCGCCCAAAUUUUAGAUUAUAUAUUUACCUUGUACAUUACUGGGUGGUGUUGCCGACAUCUUAUGAUAUAGGCUCAAAUUAUUCUCUGUACAUUAAAAUUGGAUUUAAUCGGC